AUGACCAUAGCUCCCGUUUCCGUAUGGACCUCCGGUGCUCGAGCCAGUACCUCGCCUGCUCAAGGUGACGCACGUCCAGAAGCAAGAGACCGCCCACCCGCCACCACGACUCUGUUGUAUGCCGAUGUUCAACGAAACCAUAACCCUUACCCAACGUUUCACACACCGUCUACUCCCAACUCGCUCCUAGCCCUUCCUGAUCUACGUGCCCGUCGUGCCUUGGUGAAGGCUCCUCUGGACAUUCGUGUAGGUCAUUCCCAGAAAAAUUAAAUCCAGUCUUCAGUGGAAGUUUGUAGCAGGGACAAGGUCAAGGGAACCAGAAUCCAGGUCAACACAUGCUUGACGCUGCAACCACACCAAGGAAGGAAUGUGGAUGUGGUAUGAGUUUGAAAGAGUAGUCCAUGGGCAGUCCUCUCGCGAUCAUGUGCAAUUGUCUGCACACAAACACUGACAGGAACGCGUCGCGUCACGUCACG